AUGGUUUUCGAUGCAAUACAAGCACGCACUCUGUUCAUCACUGGUGACGACGUCGCUAUCCCAGCGACCGUUUGCCUCGGUAUUGCUACCAAGCUGCUCAUAACGCUGUUGGAAGCGCGUGAAAAGCGCGAAUAUCUCCGACAGCCCUUUAGCUCAUAUCCCCCUGAGACCAUCGCCAAUACAUUCAACCGUACAUUCCUAUGGUGGCUCAAUCGAACCUUUGUCACUGGAUUCCGGAAGCUUAUGACGCACGAUGAUCUGGAUUCUACCAGUUCCGAUCUACGUUCAAGGGUGUUGGCACAGAAGCUGCAAACCUCCUGGGAGUCUCGGUGCACGUUGGGAAGCCAGGCUGUACCACCCAGUAGAUGGAUGCUUCCACUCGCAUCAUUCUCGUGCUUCAGAUCAGAGGUGUUAUUAGUCAUUCCAGCUCGACUCUUCUUGAUAGGUUUCAACUAUGCGCAGCCUUUCUUGUUUGCUAGAGCUAUCAAGUUGCUGGCUGACCCGACCAAUGUCAUGACAGAGAACUAUGGCUACGGACUCAUUGCCGCUACCGGAAUCAUAUACGUCGGCAUUGCUCUGGCUACGGUCAGGUACCAGCAGAGUAUGUUCAAGACAUUGACAAUGUUCCGCGGCGCCAUGGUCUCCUUAGUUUUUGACCACUCCAUUGCACUGUCCGAUCACAUGAAUGCAGACAAUGCAGCGAUCUCGCACAUGUCGACAGACAUCGACGCUCUCUCACGAUCACUGGUUGAGAUCAACGAGUUUUGGGCUCGUCUGAUAGAAGUUGGCUUGGGCAUCGGUUUGUUGGCAAGUCAGAUCGGUGGUGUUGCUGUGGUCCCUAUCGUACUGGUCGGAGUGUCCACCUACUGCCAAAGGUUCGUUUCGAGCACGAUUGGUGCUAAAAGAAAAGCUUGGAGUGGCGAGGUUCAGAAGAGAAUCGGUAUUACUGCGACCAUACUAGGUUCAAUGAAGUCUGUCAAGAUCAUGGGUUUGGGCUCUGUUGUCGAACAUUUGAUACAGUCUGCUUGCUUGGCAGAACUCCGAGCAUCCAGAGGAUUCAUGUGGCUGAUUCUGGCCAUGAACUUUGUUGCUGUCAUACCUGCGACGUGGGCGCCGACAAUAACAUUUAUCGUUUAUGCUAUUCAAGCCACUGUCAGACACACCGAGUCGCUUGGUAUCGCUCAAGCAUUCACAUCCCUGGCUCUGCUAACCUUAGUGACAACGCCUGCAUCGAAACUACUGACUGUUUUGCCGCAAUCUGCAGCAGCCAUGGGUUGUUUCGAGCGACUUCAAAAGUUCCUGCUCUUACAAGUAGCGUCCGACCGGGCGAUUGCACGGUAUGGCAUAGAACGUGACAGCUCGUUACCAAUUGCAUCUUCGCAUCCAUCCGAGGUUGAGUUGCAGACGUUCAUCGCAAAAGCCGACACGGAACAAGCAGUAAUCACCGUGGAAGAUCUUACAGUGUGUCCCACCACCACUUCCCCACCUGCUAUUUCCCAUGCAUCGUUUCGAAUCGAAAGGGCGUCAGUCACUGCGCUCCUCGGUCCAACGGGUUCAGGCAAGACAACCCUUCUGAGAGCAUUACUCGGUGAGCUCCGCGUCGAAUCUGGACUUAUCUCGCCUCUUCGAGGUCCGGUCGCUUACUGUGCUCAAACUCCCUGGCUGGUUAAUUUGUCUGUACGAUCUAACAUUUGUGGACCGUUCGCACGGGACACCGCUAUUCAUGAAACUUGGUACGAGGAAGUCUUGCACGCUUGCUGUUUGGACUCCGACCUUUCGAUCUUCCCACAAGGAGAUUCAACCCAAGUUGGGAGUAAAGGCUUUACUCUUAGCGGAGGGCAGAGGCACCGUGUCGCUUUGGCCCGGGCGGUUUAUUCUAGACAAAGAACACUAAUUCUCGAUGACGCGAUGAGCGCCGUCGACCAAAACACCGCGCAAUUGAUGCUGGCACGACUCCUUGGUCCUAAGGGCUUACUGCGAAAGAGCCAGUCCACUGUACUCAUAGCAACCCACUCUAUGGCUGUUCUUCCGUUCACUGACAUGGUCCUGCGUCUCGAUACCAGCGGCGAGCUGACCACGUCUCAUAACACGCCUACAUUCAAGAUUGAAUCCUUCGCGACAAUCGCCGACUACACUAAACCCUUGACAGAUCCAGAUUCAUCUUCAUCACCCGAAAAGUCCAAAGCGCGUCCUACUGGAUCGAGUGACGACGAUCGCAAAGCUCUUUCGACGAAUAUGGGUGAUACUUCCAUCUACAGAUUCUAUUUCGGAUCCAUCGGCCUCACUUGGUUUAUCGCAUUCAUUGUUACCACCAUCGCGGGCACAUUUUGCAGUCAUUUUUCACAGGUCUGGCUCCAGUUUUGGACCAGCAAUGGUGGAACGCAUCUUUCGCUGUAUCUUCCUGUCUUCGUGGUGCUUGCUCUCCUGACCAACAUCUUCACCAAUCUCAACAUGUGGAUCAUGUUCCUCAACAUCAUGCCAAGAUCGGUCGCUCAUCUCCAUUCGACCUUGUUGAAGACCACAUUGAUUGCACCUCUGUCUUUCUUCGCGUCGACAGACACCGGAAACAUCCUGAACAGGUUUAGUCAAGAUAUCUCUUUGACUAGUAUGACACUUCCCACAUCACUUCUAUCUUCAGGAAUCGCACUCUUCGACAGCCUCGCACAAGCCGCAUUGAUCAGUCUCGGAUCGGCGUACAUGGCAAUAACAAUCCCUUUCGUACUGCUUGCCAUUUAUCUCAUCCAAGCAGUGUACUUGCGAACCUCUCGACAGAUUCGGUUCAUGGAUCUUGAAGCGAAAGCCCCAGUGUACUCACACUUCCUCGAAGUAGGCGAAGGCGUCGCUACGAUACGAGCCUUUGGGUGGCAGGAAGCCGCAAAGGAGCGCAAUGCAGACCUUCUCGAUGCUUCCCAGACUCCAUACUAUUUGAUGUACUGUAUCCAGAGAUGGCUUCAAUUGGUUCUCGACCUCCUCGUCGCGGUCAUGGCCGUUGUGGUGAUGGCUCUGGCAGUUUCGCUCCGCUCUUCAACUAGUGCUGGUCUCUUGGGCGUCGCUCUGAACAACAUUCUAGGCUUCAACCAGUCUCUAGGUCGAUUUGUUCGAGAAUGGACCAAUCUGGAGACUUCCCUCGCCGCAAUUUCCCGAGUGAAGGAGUUCUCGGAAACUACUGGCUCAGAGCGAGACUGCGACCAUACAAACCCAGCUUCACCAUCCUGGCCAUGGUCAGGAAGUAUUGUCCUGAGCAAUGUGUCAGCUUCCUAUACCGCUGAUGACUCACGUCUGAUCCUCAGCGAUAUCAGCUUCGAGAUCGCCGCUGGCCAGAAGAUCGGUAUCUGUGGACGCACUGGAAGCGGUAAGAGUUCUCUCUUGCUCACCUUCCUUCGUCUGCUCGAGCUUACCUCUGGCUCCAUAACCAUCGACGGACAGAACAUCGCGAACAUAUCUCUCCAAAAGCUUCGCUCAAGCAUAACAACAGUAGCACAAGAUCCUCUGUUGCUGCCUAUGUCGAUUCGUCAGAAUCUCGACCUCCGUAGUACAGCAGCAGAUGAGUCCAUCAUCGCAGCCCUCCGCAAAGUCUGUCUCUGGGACUUGGUGUCGGAACGUGGGGGUCUUGAUGCAAUCCUAUCAAAGGACUCCGUCAGCCAAGGCCAACUUCAAUUACUCGCUCUUGCAAGAGCGCUCCUCCAGACGACAAAGAUUCUAUUGCUGGAUGAAGCAACAAGCAACCUUGAUGCUGAGACUGAUCAGAUCAUGCAAAAAGUGAUCCAGGAUGAGUUUGCAUCUUGCACGGUCAUUGCUAUUGCGCAUCGGUUGGAUACGAUUAGUGAAUUCGACAAGAUAGCUGUUCUUGACCAUGGCAGAUUGGUUGCAUUUGAUUAUCCGGAUGCUAUCUUGAGGCGUAGGGACUGUGAUAUGCUAUUAGAGGCAUGA